AUGUCCAAUAUUAAAGAAUUCUAAAUUCUCAAUAAGCUUGGUGAAGGAGCUUAUUCUUAGGUCUAUAAGGUCAAAAGAGUAUCAGAUAAGCAAAUAUAUGCACUCAAAAAGGUUAGUUUGGAUCCACUUUCGGUUAAGGAAAGACAAAACGCUUUGAACGAAGUCAGAAUUCUUGCUUCAAUCUAGCAUCCCAAUGUAGUCGGGUACAAAGAGGCUUUUCUCGAGGAUGAGAAAUUCCUGUGCAUUAUAAUGGAUUACGCAGAUGAUGGCGAUCUGUAUUAAAAGAUAGUUGAUCACUAAAAGAAUAAGACUCACUUUGAGGAGGAUGAUGUUUGGAGGGUUUUCAUUCAUUUGGUCAAGGGAUUGAAAGCUUUACAUUAAUUGAAGAUUUUUCACAGAGAUAUGAAGAGUGCCAAUGUGUUCUUGAACAAAGACGGCUGUGCUAAGCUGGGAGAUCUAAACGUUUCUAAAGUCGCCAAGAAAGGACUACUUUACACAUAGACUGGUACACCUUACUAUGCAAGUCCUGAAGUGUGGCAGGAUAAACCUUAUGACUAGAAGAGUGAUUUGUGGAGUUUGGGUUGUGUUUUAUAUGAAAUCGCUACACUACAGCCCCCCUUUACAGCUAAUGAUAUGGACGGCUUGUUCAAAAAGGUGCUUAAGGGCAAUUACCCUAAAAUUCCGCUUCAUUACACAGAUGAUUUAAAUAAGAUGAUUAAAAAGCUCAUUAAUGUCAACUCAGCCUAGAGACCAACUUGUGAUUAGUUACUCUCAUCAGAAGUUGUGCUUCGAUGGGCUAAGAAACUAGGAAUAAAUUUGAAUGCAGGCGAAAACAGCGCAAGUCAACUUUAUGUCACAGAGCAAGAUGAUGGACUUGGCGGAAAUAUGUCUUUACUUAACACUAUCAAACUCCCAAAGAAUCUUAAACUAUUAACUGACAGAUUACCAAAGUCUAAGUAUGAGGACGAGAGUAAAGGGUCAAGAUAAAAUUUGCUGAAUGAAAAUCACAGUUCAAAGUCAUUGAAGAAUAACAACGGAGAUGAUUCAUAGUAAUCAACAGGAAGAAAAGGACAAAUCAAUCUAAAUUCUCUAAAGCAGAAUCAAAGGAAGGGCAAUCAGAUUGAAAUGCUGGAUAGACCCUCGAUUGAUCAUUCAAGUGAAAGAAGAUCAGCUUUAUCUGAAGAAAGAAAAUCUUUGAAGAGAAACGCCUCAGAAAAUUUGAAGAGCAUACCUUAGAAAAACUUGAAUGAUAUGAUAGUCUUAGCUCAGGAAAAGGAAAGACCCUUGGAGCGUAUAAGAGAUAAAAACUCUUAAGAUUAUUUAGAGACGAUUCGUGAGAACGAGUAGCUGCUAAUGAAUGGCAAAUCAAGAGCGAAGCAGAAUCAGCUGAAGUAUCAUGAGUCCGAUGACUCAUUUGACAAUAAAUAAGUUAUUCGUGUUUAGCCAAGUGACAUAUUAUCUGAGGGAGGAACUGCGAAGAGACAUAAUUAUCAUUCCACUCCAUAAAAGGUAGGCAUAAGCAGUUUGAAAGCUGUAGGAGAGCUAAUCAAUAACUAGAAUGUCAAUCCUAACAGAAUACAAAAGCCAAAUAUAAAACCAGUUUACUCUAUUGAUGUGACUGGCUCAGGAAUUGUAAAAAAUAGAUAUCAACUUAAUCAAGGUGGCGGCUAUGAAGACUAUCAAAGCUAAGGAAUACUCAGAUCCAAGAAUAAUCAGGUUCUAGCAGCUGAGAUCUACUCCCAGUAAUCCUCAUCAUUGAUACUUGGAAGUGGGUCUGUUCCUAGAAAGCCAAAGAAGAGAGGUCCUCUCUUGAUAGCAAAUGCUGGAGAUAGACUUCCUUCAGUAGAAAGAAGCAUGAAGAAUCAAAGCGAACUUGGCUUAAAACUUCCAGAGAUCAAUGUCAGACACUAUAAGAAUAUUGCCAGUAGUAAUCAAUCACGAGAUGGAUCGAUCAGUAAUACAGAUGAUAAAAGAGAGAGACUAAGAUAAAAAUUAGAAAUGCUAUACUAAGUCAAGAUGCCCAAGCACAAAUCUUUUAAAUUAUCGAUAGGGGACGAGAGUACACCUAGCAACAGACAUAAAAAGCCACCUCUACUGAUAAAAAAGUACAAUAACGGUGCGUCUAAUAGUAACAGCUUGCCUGCUAAUUCAGGCUUAGCUCCUGGCAGUUUCUUAGUGCCGACCGAUAAUGGCAUUCCAGCUUAAAGACCUUAAUGGUGGGGCUGA